CGGGCGGUUGGCUGGGCGGUGUCUGCGGCCUUCACUUUCCUCCCGAAAAUCGAAGGCUACGGGGGUGGUAGUCUUGUCCUUUUUUCCUUCGUCUCUUCAUCACCUUCUUCAUUCUUUACUCUUCUUCUUCUUCUCUCUCUUUCUUUUCCCCUUCUCUCUGUCUUUCUCCGUCUCCCUGUUCGUAUCCCUCUUUUUCUCCCUCCGGUAUUAUUGUUCCUCAUCUUAGUCUUAGUCUCCACGUCUUUCGCUUUCCUCCGUCUUCACGUCGUGUUAUCAGCGCGUCUUUUCUCGCGUCUUCUCUCGUGAGCGUCACGGCGGGUACACGUGCCACUUGCGGGACAUGUGAGAGCGUUGUAUACAGGUGCAUCUGCCGCGAACGUGCACGUGUUGAAACAACGAGAAACAAUGGAAGUGUCGUCACGGCUCGCUGACUGUCCGAGGAAGGCUCGCUCGUCCUGUGCGCGGUAGCCAGCGACGCGGGCUGAGGGGCUCGCUCCUGUCGUCUAUAACACUCGCAGCAGACCUUCGAUGAGCUUCGGAGAAGCACCCUCGAAGGACCUCGACAAGGAACGAUCUCGCCGAGGCCGCGGCUGAAGAGCCAAACGCGCCAACACGGCUUCGCCGCGGCGCGAAAUCGCACACCGCGUGCUGUGUGCGCGACGCGGAUCGGCUAAGCGUUUCCGCUGCGCCAGUGAAACUUCCUGGUCACGUGAGAGCGGCGAGAGGGCGGCGAGGGCGCGAACGGCGAGGAGGGGUGUGUGCCAGCCGAGCGGUGUAGUCAGCGAUACGGCUAGGGGCGAUACGCGUUCCGCGUGGGAAGCCGCCGAUGAGUUUCCCGAUCUCCCCCGGCUGCUGAGAGGGCAACUCGUGCGCGCGGCACGCAUCGAUCGAUCAUCCGGACACCUAUCCUCGAAGAUCACCGCCCGUCAGUCUCCCUCUCGGCUGUCUCCCGACGAGGCUGCGACGGCCGCGAGAGUUCUCGACGGAGCGAGGGCUGUGCAUCCCGUCGCGUCGCGCUACACCGAUCAACGACGAGUCCCAUUGUCGUCCUCGUCCUCGUUGUCGUCGUCGUCGUCGUCGUCGUCGGCGCGGCUGGUCCACCCUCUGACAAGCUCGGCUCCUUAUCAUGAGCUCCAGACGAAGACGUCGAGUGCCGGGCGCGCUGGCAAAACAGCUGACGCGCGACGAUACACACGCGCGGUUUGCGACGUGAUCGGACGGCUAGCGCGGUGAUUCAGAUGUUGAUACGCGCUUUGCGACCCACACACACACCAGUGACCAGCGCAAGUGCGGCGGAUCGAAUCGAAAGGACCGUGCGUGGUCCUCCAGCCCCGCAGGAUUGCGCGCCGAUGCAUGGAUGCGUCCGGCUUCGAUCUAGAAUGACCUGAUUCCAUCUUCGGAGCGAGGAUCGAUCCUGGAGAGUGUCCUUCUCUGCCUCUGUCACCGUCUCCGUCUCUCUGCCUCUCCCCGUCGCUCUGUGUGUGUAUGUGUGUCUCUUUCUCUCUCUUUCUCCGUGUCUCUCUCCGUUUCCCCGAGUGCCCGUGUCUCCGUUUUCCUCCUGGCGGGCUCUCGUUGUCCGGAGGAACGUGUCGCGGCGUGAACCAGGACGCAGCCAGUAACGGAUCUUCAUGGUCGGCGCGGAUAGUCUCGUCGCAGCCCCUGACACCACUGCCAAGAUCGAUCAUUGUCAAGUAGAUUGUGCGAUCGCGCAAGGUACCGCGCGGACACCGCAAAGCAUCUUCCUAAGUACCAGUGAUCUGACGACGAACGUUUCUUCGAGAUGCUUCAUCAAUUUUCCCAUCUACGUGUCUAUAUGAAGCACCGUUAGUCUGUGUGCACGUGAAAUCAAAUUUGGUCUUCCUUCUUCGGGAAUACAUAUAUAUAUAUUAUCAUCGUGUGUUUGCAGUCUUCAAAUCUCUCGAUGAAAAAUACACACACAUAUAUAUAUAUAUAUAUAUACAUAUAUAUGUUUACAGUUUUCGAUGUUAAAUAAUAAUAAUCGUAUAAAUGCUGUUGAAAGAUAUUAAAGUGUCUUAUCUCGUUGUGAUGAAAUGUGAUAUGUGUUUUCCGUGCGUCGAUAAAAAAUUUAUGAAGAAAUAAAAUGUAGAGAGAGAAAGGGUGUCGUAACUGCAUAGCCAAAUCAAAGUGCGCGAAGAAGAAAGACGUCCCGACAGCGUCCACGGCUCCUCCGCGAUAACAAUGACGAGAGUGCGGAAAAAAAAGUUGCCCUCGCGCGACUGCGGUGGAAAAUCGGCGCGUUGAACACGGAGUGGCGGAUUAUUCGCGUUCAAUUUAGAGCGCGAGUCGAUCGUCGUCCCGACAACGAUGACCUGAUCGGCGGGCCGGUGGAAAUAUCCCGAUCCCGCGGGAAGAACGACGUCGGAAUCGCGUUCGCGCGACUCACGUGAGACAAAUAAAAUGCACAGCCUGCUCCACGGCCUCCUGACGGUGGUCGCGCUCGUCCAGCUCUCAGCCAGCGACGGCUGGAAAUUGACGAGCGGUCACUCCGACCAGCAGGAAUUGGCCAGAAGUGGUAACGUCUCCCUGCCGGGGCUCACCGUCGGCUUGAUAGUGCCGCACACGAAUUUCGGCGUGCGGGAGUACACACGGGCCAUCAACAGAGCCGUCGGCAACCUGUACAAAGGCCACAAGACCAAGGCCCAGUCCAGGUUUACCUUUCUGGACAAAUAUGAUUUCACGCAAUAUCAAGUCAGGAGCACGAUGAUGAGACUCACGCCGAGCCCCACAGCGAUUUUAGACUCGCUUUGCAAGGAGUUCCUCUCUGUGAACGUGUCGGCCAUCUUAUACCUUAUGAACUACGAGAAAUACGGACGUAGCACGGCCAGCGCUCAAUACUUUCUCCAAUUGGCCGGUUACCUAGGAAUCCCCGUGAUCGCGUGGAACGCCGAUAAUUCCGGGCUCGAAAGGCGAGCAUCGCAGAGCAGCCUGCAGCUGCAGCUGGCGCCGUCGUUGGAACAUCAGACCGCGGCGAUGCUGAGCAUCCUGGAGAGGUACAAGUGGCAUCAGUUCAGCAUAGUCACCUCGCAGAUAGCUGGUCACGACGACUUCAUACAGGCGGUUAGAGAGAGAAUCUCCGAUAUGCAAGACACGUUCAAGUUCACCAUACUGAGCGCCAUUCUGGUCACCGAUCCACGGCACGAUCUGCAGGAGCUGAUCAAGAGCGAGUCCAGGGUGAUGCUGUUGUACUCGACCAGGGAGGAGGCCACCAGCAUCCUAAGCGCCGCGACCGAUCAAAAAAUCACCGGCGAGAAUUACGUGUGGGUGGUGACGCAGAGCGUAAUCGAGAAUCUGCAGACCCCCAGCCAGUUCCCGGUUGGAAUGUUAGGCGUGCAUUUCGAUACAAGCAGCGAGAGCUUGGUAAGCGAAAUCACCACGGCGAUCAAGGUCUACGCUUACGGCGUCGAGGACUUCGUCAACGAUCCGAAAAAUGCGGAACGCAGCCUGAACACUCAGCUGAGCUGCGAAGGCGCCGGUGAAUCACGCUGGAGCACGGGGGAUUUGUUUUUCAAAUACCUGAAAAACGUCUCCGUCGAGGGCGACCAAGGGAAGCCGCACGUGGAGUUCACUCAAGACGGUGUGCUGAAGGCGGCGGAGUUGAAAAUUAUGAACCUUCGGCCGGGAGUUAGCAAGCAGCUCGUCUGGGAGGAGAUAGGCGUCUGGAAGUCCUGGGAGAAGGAGGGCCUGGACAUCAAGGACAUCGUCUGGCCGGGCAAUAGCCACACGCCGCCGCAGGGUGUACCGGAGAAGUUUUACCUCAAAAUAACCUUUCUGGAGGAGCCGCCCUACAUCAAUCUUGCACCGCCCGAUCCCGUGACCGGAAAAUGUCUGGUGGAUCGCGGCGUUCACUGUCGAGUGGCCAAGGACUCCGACAUGGAAGAAGUGGACAUUCAGGCGGCGCAGAAGAACGGGAGCUUUUAUCAGUGCUGUAGCGGAUUUUGCAUCGACUUGCUGCAGAAGUUCUCCGAGGAGAUCGGUUUCACUUACGAGCUCGUGAGGGUGGAGGACGGCAAGUGGGGUACUCUGGAGAACGGAAAAUGGAACGGGCUUAUAGCCGAUCUGGUGAACCGAAAGACCGAUAUGGUAAUGACCUCUUUGACGAUCAAUUCCGAAAGGGAGGCAGUGGUCGAUUUUACCAUACCCUACAUGGAGACUGGUAUCGCCAUUGUCGUGGCGAAGAGAACAGGCAUAAUAUCGCCCACCGCGUUUCUAGAACCGUUCGACACGGCUUCAUGGAUGCUGGUGGUGAUUGUUGCGAUACAUGCCGCAACCUUAAUGAUACUGCUCUUUGAAUGGGCAUCGCCCUCUGGUUUCGACAUGAAGGUAAACCCUUCAAACGCUGCGCACAAACUGAAAAAUCCAUCGACAAACCAUCGCUUCUCCUUCUGCCGCACGUACUGGCUGGUCUGGGCCGUAUUAUUUCAGGCUGCCGUCCAUAUCGACUCUCCCAGAGGAUUUACAGCCAGAUUUAUGACGAACGUCUGGGCGUUGUUCGCCGUGGUGUUUCUCGCCAUUUACACUGCCAAUCUGGCUGCCUUCAUGAUCACGCGGGAGGAGUUCCACGAGUUCAGCGGCGUGAACGAUAACAGACUCGCCAGGCCAUUCUCCCACAAGCCCAUGUUCAAAUUCGGCACCAUACCGUGGAGUCACACGGACAGCACUCUGGCCAAGUACUUCAAGCAGAUGCACUCCUACAUGCAGGCCUUCAACAAGAGCACUGUCGCAGAGGGUAUCGAAGCGGUAAUCUCCGGAGACAUGGACGCGUUCAUUUACGACGGCACGGUCUUGGACCACUUGGUCUCCCUGGACGAGGAUUGUCGUCUGCUGACGGUCGGCUCCUGGUACGCCAUGACUGGCUACGGCAUCGCGUUCUCCAGGAACUCCAAGUACUUGCAAAUGUUCAACAAACGACUGUUGGACUACAGAAAUAACGGAGAUCUGGAGCGAUUAAGGAGAUACUGGAUGACCGGGACGUGCAAGCCGGGCAAAGAAGUACAAAAGAGCAGCGAUCCGCUCGCGCUCGAGCAAUUCCUGAGCGCGUUUCUCCUGCUGAUGAUGGGAAUUCUCUUGGCGGCGGUCUUCCUAUUUCUGGAAUACGUGUAUUUCAAGUACAUCAGGCAGCACCUCGCGAAAAGCGACGACGGUGGCACCUGCGCUAUUUUCAGCCUGAGCGUGGGGAAGUCCUUGACCUUCCGCGGAGCGGUGUACGAGGCACAGGAUAUCCUGAGGCACCACCGAUGCAAGGACCCGAUCUGCGACACCCACUUGUGGAAGGUCAAGCACGAGCUCGACAUGGCUAAGAUCAGGAUACGGCAGCUCGAGAAAGAUCUCGAGGCCCACGGAAUAAAGCCGACUCAGACCAAGAGGAAAACCGGAAGUCUCGGCUGGUGGCGAGGGUGCUUCCAAAGCUCGGACCGUUCACAACCGGAGCCAUUGGCGGUGGAAGCUCCGCAUCCGCUACCGCCAUACUUCGAUUCGUACAUCGAGGCCGUCGAGGUCGCCCGUCCGAGAGACAUGAGCAGGAACCAUGUGGUCAGCACGGAGUACUUGCCCGAUAGGUUCUUGCCCACGGAGAUUUACAGGAUCCCGGACAACAACACAGCCAGGACGGAAAUCGCCGAGAUCGAGACAGUUCUGUGAUCGUAAAAGGAUCGGCUUCGUAAGUCGUCCGGCCGCGCAGCACCGGAAACGCAGGCACGGAAGUGGACGGACUGGUGGGCCCCCGUAGUCCCCGAAGUGAACGGCGCGAUCUAAGAGUCGCGUCGCGCUCUUGUCUAAAACAACGAGCCUCUCCCACACCACACAUCGAGCCCUCGUCCGGUCGAAGACGCUGGAUCAUCCCCCGACGUCGAUCCUGCGGAGUGUUUCCGCACGCACGCUGAGGAACCAGCGGGGAUGUAGGAGGAGGAACGUGCCUAACGACGGGUCGAGGGUCGAGCAGACGACCAAGAAGCCACACGACUCGAGGAGCAGCGUGACACGAGAAAGUGCACUUGUUGUUGACAUUUGCGUUACGUUCCCGAGAACGUCGCGUCCUCCUUCUCUACCGGAAGGUGUACCGGAAAGGACGCACGCGUUCGCACGUUCACUCGUUCGCUCGCUCGCGUGGUGACUAUGAACGCUGCGAGGGAACGUCGUAGACGUCGCGAAAGCCCCGGAUGGAUCUCAUGAUGUUCGGAGGAACAUCCGAAGAUCAAGUCACCGGACUUCGGUGUUCGGAUGAGAUUUGGUAGAGAAACGAGAGAUUUAUAAAGAAGGAAAAAAUGGGAAAUAUAUAACGAGACGACAGAGUCGUCGUGCCGCGCGCUCGCGUAAUUGUGUGCACGUGCAAAGAUUCUCUUCGAAAUUUCAACUUGUGCCUAAAAUCGCCUGGACGCGACCCGCGAUCACGGAUCUGCGCGCCCGGAUAAUCGAUCGGAGCCGCUGUGAGAGCGUUGGAGUACGGUCGACGUAGCAAACGAUCGCUGGUGACAAGCCUAGAAUUGUUUUUAGGAACACUCUCUCAAGAUAAAAUUCAGCAUUUCUUUCAGAUGAAACAAAAGAAUAUUCAGGGAUAUCUUUGAAAACCCGAAAUCGUUUUGGGAAUAUUUUCAGAGAGAGAACUCGUGUUUCACGAGUUGAUUUUCCUUUUGUUAAAUUUCUUGGGAUAUUCGUGGAAUAUUCGUUAAUAACCGGGAAACGAUAAUUUACAAAGAAGAUUUCUUAAUAAAUAUGUUUCCUCUUUCAGUUGAAUCCUCUUUGUGCUCUUCGCGUUCUUAUCGUGCUAUUUCAAGUCUGAAUCGUUUAAACUAUCUUCCUACAUUGUCAUUUUAUUCGCUCAAAGGAAUUGUCAGAGUGUGAGAGGAAUAAUUGGCAGGGAUUCAAUGAAAUGUUACGCGAUGGAACCAAGAUAACUCGCGAUAGGUAAAGGCACACAUUUAUUCAGGCACCAACAAUGCAAUAGAUAGUUAUGAAAUUCCUAAAUCUUUUAAGAAGAACGCGCGCGAUCCACUUUGUACGAACUCGUGCCAAUUUCCAAACAAGUGUCGUACACAGCGAUUACACGUCGACGCGGCGAUGCGAUCGACGUGUAACGGGAGAACUCGAGAACUGAGAAAUUUAAUCGAUAUCUUGGUGGAAAAUGUCAAUGUGUACCAUACGAGAUAACUAAACAUGAUACUUAAACGUGUAUGUCGGAUAAAGGAUUAGAGUGUAAAUGAAGUCCGCUAUAUAACAACAAAAAUAUAGUACGAGACCUAUACAUAUAUACAUAUAUAUAUUUAAUAUUGUCAACAAUGAAAUAUUCUAAAGAAGAAACCUAAUUUGAGGACGUAAUAUGCUCAAACAAAAAGUACUAUACAAAUACGAGAUAAAAUCGAGCCACAAAAUGCGCGUGCGUGUCGCGGAGUGUCAGGACUCGUUAUUUGAGAUCGAAAGAGGGAAGAAGUAAACGGGGAGGAAACCAAUCUGCGCGAAUGUAGCGUACCGACGUGGCGGCAGCGAAUCAAAAAGAUCACAAACGAAGAAUUGGUGAAAAAGAGAGAAAACAAAACAAGUAUAUGAAAAUAUUUUAUAUCUACACUAUUACAUAUAACGGUGCCUGAAACUGCGAUUUAUAUCGAGUGUGCAGGAAAGCGCGAUCAAUCGACAACACUUAUUAUUCAUGUAUGUUCCUCAGAUAUUUUGAGAACCUCUAUAUAGAUUUUUGUAGAUCGCGUGAAUGUUUAAUAUAUCGUUGGGAGAUGGCAGAAUAUUGUUGCUAUUCUCGACACGACGUCCUGGCAAUCCGCAUCCGGAUGACGAGAUUAACUCGAGAUCAACGUACGAGAGCCCUCGAGCGAAGUCGAGUUUCUUGCGCGCAUCGGAAUCGAGAGUUAGUGUUAAGAUUUUAAGACUUAUGUCGCUGUACAUAAUCGCAUUGGUCCGUAUGAGCUGUAAUGUGCACUGCAGGCCACAGUGUUCCUUUUCGACAAAUUAGAUUACAAAAUGUGAAAUAAUCGGUCGCAACGCGUUACGCAAGAUGAACCCCAAAAUUAUGAUGAUGCGUAGAGAGCACUCGGAAGAAGCGUGAAUCGUCAAGAACUGUCAAGAGACCUAUUUUUUUGUUUGAUUUAAUUUAAUUAAGAAAUCCCGACGAAUACGUGGGUCGUUGGAGAAGUUCGCGGCCUAAUCAGAGAUGGCGCAAAAUAGCUGAAUCUUCAUUACCAUAUUUCACACGCUUCCUUUAUUAGGUUAAUAACCUAAUAAACCUUGGAAACACAGGAACUUCAAAAUUCGUAUUCUAACCAAAUAUUCAUAUCAUAUGUCUAGAAUGACAAGAGAGAGAUUGUUUCUUUCGAAAUUAAUUUUUUCUAUUUUCCUAUUUUUCAAGAAUAAACACGUAAACUGAAGUGAAUAGUAACACGAAAAACCGGUAGAAUGUCUCACUAUGCCAUGCAAUGUCAUUAUGCCUGAAGCUAUGAUUCGGUUCUAAUAGGUGAUUCACGAUAAAACCACUCCAAGAAGUUAAAUAGUGUGUUAAAUAGUGUGAUUUAAAACUACAAGAAACGUGUAAAAAGAUCUUCAGCCAAAUUAUCCGGUUUAAAAAUAACACACUUGCAUCUGCAGUGUAAUCACCACUGGUCGCAUAGAAAACCAGGCUUUUCCAAAGUAUCAGUGACUAAGGGCGAUCAAUGGUGUUUCACCCUACUCAACUUCUUACAAAAGUUUCACAGAAAUAUCGAGCGCGCAAUGGCAAAAUAAAAAUUCCUCAAUGACGACUCACGCACUUCCCGAGCGCUCCACACACCAUUAUGCAUUUUCACUAUGAUAUAAAUAGUUUACGUUGAUCGUACACGAUUGAUUGUAAAUUCCAAUGUAUAUUUUCGCAAUGAGACUUAUGACCGCGCGCGAAAAUUUUGUUGAAUUUGUUCCGCGUUUGUUAAACACCGCUUCCACAAAGCCGUGCUUUUCGGGCUUGCACUGCAUGUCAAGUUGUCCAACCGAGAGAAAAGAAACAGUGGAGAAGGAACGAAUGUCGGAGCGUGCUUCGAGACGGCAUCUACGUCGAGGAUGCGUCGAGACGCUCGCAACGAAUUCCUUCAGCGUCCCAUCCGCUCUUGUAGAGUCACUAAUUAUCCGUUCUCAAUUAUUGUGCGAAGUAUAUGUGUGGGAUGGACCGAGACGCGAGUCCCCGCGUCCUCCACCUUCAGAGAAUUUUAAGAAAAAAUACGUUGCUAUCGGGAAACAUGUUGUUACUGUUGUUGUUAAAGAUAAAAGGAAGUGUGUUACGUUUGUUAAGUCGAGAGUGCGAGAUAAUUGUCCCCAGUGAGAGAGAGAAAUCCGCACGGUGUAUUCGAGUGCGUCACGAUAAUAAUGGAGCCGGCAGGGUCGCUCGAGUCUACACGUGCUCGGACAUUCGCGUGAAUUGACGACAGACGUUCCGCACGGUGUAUUCGCGAUCGCGCGUGCGAGAUAAAACGUCCAAACUGAAUACCCUCCUCUCGAUAAAAAGAUUACUUUUCCCCUUUCCCUUCGACAUUAUCGGAGCUUGGAACAUUUCGAGCCUUUGCACUCCAGUAAUUUACCAUUCCUCCGCUUGCUCGAUCUCCGACGCAAAUCUCGCAACGCGCGUGUAAUCGUAAUUUAUAUAACGAUCCUAUAUGAUAAUCUGUGUAACAACCUUGAUGUCAUAACUCCGUGUUAUAACGUCCUCGAGUCUCCGCAAGUGCUGAAAAUUCUACUUGCAUGAACAUUGACAAUUCUGUAUCUUUCCAAAAUUCUCUCCCUUCCCCUCCCCCCCUCUCUCUCUCUCUCUCUCUCUCUCUCUCUCUCUCUAUUUAUCUAUCUAUUUUUCUUUUUGAAAAUGAGCGAUGGCACUCAGAGAAACGGCACUGAAGUCAUUUGAAUCGCAACUGAGCGCUCCGUAACUGCGCCACUACUACUGCCAGCUCCAGUCUGUUGCAUCACGUGUAAUUCUAAUUAAGUUUCUAACAAAGUAAAACAUUCCUGUAUACCAUGCACCUUGUGAAUGCAAAGCGUAGGGCGUUCGUUCUUACGUCGGGAGUUCUCACGGUGAGUGCGAGCGUGCGGAACGGAUUCGAUCCUCUUGCGAAUAGAAAGUCCAAAUGGAAUAUGCGACGAAACGCGCGACGACGAGGCUCUGAAAGAGCCUCUGAAGCUUUCAUCAUCGUAGAAGCGCGCAUUCGUAUGCGAUGACGUCGCAUACUCGCGAGCACUCUUCGCACACGCUGGGCUCUCUCUUUCUCUCUCUCUCCUUUGCCUUUAUAGAGCGAAAUCGUCUCAGCCGCCAAUAAAUCACUAGACACGUGUGCUCGCGAAUCCCGAUUAUGUUGAUUCACUCACUCGAGCGACCGCGCUCUUUUCUUCCCCGUAUUUUUCAUUCUCUCCUUUGUCAUGAACGUGUGCGCACCGUCAUCCAACUGCGACCUGACUGUGGUGUCGCUGAAACGCGCAAACUCUUUUCUUCGUAAAGCUGAAGCUUCCUAAAUCAGUGUCUGGAUAUCAAUCGUUGCGAAUUUCAUUUCGCUAUAAAUAUUCGACAAAUCAAUCAUCAAAAUUGAUUAUGUAAUCACGAGUAAUUUCAUUGAUUGAUAAAAUCAAUUAUUAAUUAUAUAGAAUAAAGAAAAUUUGGUCAGAUUAACCAGUUUCUGGUGAAAUAUGACGAUUCAGAAAUUCCGAUUCAAGUUCUCGGAAUUCAGUCUAAAUUAUCAAGAUUUCUGGCUGCUUUCAACAGAACUCUGGUAAUUUCAUCCGACCAGACUUUCCGUGCAGUGUAUAAUCAAUCACUGAAAAAUUAAUAUUUUUGUCCUUAGAAAAAUCCUCUAAAAUAGGCAUUAAGUAUAAAAUAUUCUAAAUAUAAGAUUUAUUUAUUUUUUAUUUUUUUUUUUGAGAAACUCUUAUCUCUUUUUGUGUAGAGAAUUUUCUCUCAAAACAAAAGGAAUAAAUCUUAUGUUUAGAAUAUUUAUAUUUAUUUACUGGUGUCUAUUUUAGAGGUUUUUUUAAGAACAAAAAUUUUUCAGUGAUUACAUCAAAGUUUGAUCAAUAAUUAAUUUUAUCAAUGAAAUAAUUUAGAACAAGUCUCAAGUAACGACUACUAAUCUGGACGUAAAAGUCGGUGUCAACGCGUACAAUCGCACAAACAAUGUGCGCACGAUGGAAGUCGAAAUUUUACGUAGGAAUUGUAAAGUAUCGCAUGUUCUUUGUCGCCCCUUUGAGUACGAAUCCGGAGAUCGGAGUGUAAUCACAUCGAGAGCGUAAUUCAUUGGCGAAACGCGCGCAUCACGGUCGAUCGAUUCAUUUCAUAUGUGAGUAUGUUCUGUAUGUAUACCGCGGGUCUCUCUUGUGUCGAGUGUGAUGUUGAUGAAGCAGUUCAGGUGCCGUCACCGAUUACACUGCCUAACUUCGAACUGGUCCUUAUGUCGACGGCGAGGCAGCGCGAGCCAAUGAAAUCGACUACGGGUUCGGACUACUAAUCGAUGUAUUGCGUUAUCGGCUGUCAAAUCUCCUAUCGCUCCCCCUCAGUUUCAUAGGUCAUUAUCGAGAAAUGUUAACGUAAUGAACAACGACGGGUUUUGCGCGAAAGUAGCACAAGUUCAUGUUUUUCGCGACUUGUCGACUUGCGUCGCUUUGAUUCGAAGCGUACACGGAGAGAAUUUAAUAGCAAACAUUAUUAUAAAAUUUUAUACCCUAAUAAAUCUAUUACUAAUAAUCUAUUACUUAUACUAAAUAAUAGAUCAGCACUUUGCAGUAAUUGAUUAUUCUUUUCAUCUCAUAUGUGUUAUUUAAAUUAACAAUUGUGCGUUCCAUUAAAGCAUCGUUAUUAAAAAAUGUGCUAUUAUACGCAGAAAAAGAAUAUUGUUGAAUUAAGCAAAUUCUUGAUAAGAUAUGUAUGGAUCCGAAAUUCCAGAAGUUUAGUUAGCAGAAUUCUGUUCAAGUUAACAAGAUCUCUGAUUAACUUGAACAGAGUUCUGGUAACAUCGACCUGAAUUUUCUGAUUCGUUCAUAUUUCACCAAAAAUUGUCUUAUUCAACCAAACUUUUUUUAUCCAUACAUAUUGCCAAAAAAAAUGUACUAUGUUCCUUAACAAAACAGACUUGUCAGUCUACUCCUGCAUUAUUAGAAAAAAAGUACAGUAAAAUUGAAAGGAAUUCAUAUAAAAUGUAAACUAUAAUAUUCUCUGCGUGUAAGAUUAGGUUGGAUUGCAUUAGCGAGAGUAACUAACCACUGACGACAACAUAUGGUGAAAAUUGCAAUGUUAUUCGAUGAUUCCUGAGAAGAUGAAUUGUCUGUCAAUUGUAAUUACGUUAUUCACGAAAUCGAUUAAUUUGCUGCCACGUUGAGCGGUUUCUAAAGCACGUUCCACCAUUGUCCAAGGUUACUUCCACUGCAACUUCAGCUCGCUUCACGCACUUUAGCGCGCAUGAUCGCACAUUGUGUAGUUUCAAGAACAUCGUGCAAAUCUUCGAAAUUGCUGAGUAUCUUACCACGUCUGAUUGAUGUGGUCGAAACUAAUUGGGAAUCAAUAACCGUUUCAAUUUGCGAGUCGCGAGUUACCGCAAAAGUCGACCGCGAGCAUAGACGACGAGACCGAAGACCGGUAGCAGAGUUCAAAAUACGUUAUCGACAACGAUUCGUCAGUCAAAGAGAGAGAGAAAGAGAGGGGGAGAGAGAAAGAGAGAGAAAUCUGCGAAGUCACGUAAAAAAUGACACUGUGCGCACACACGAAAUAGCGGCCUUAAUAAUUUCAAGUAUUGUAUAGUCGCUAUGAACUCUCUCCACAUGUACUUGUAUUUAUAAACUAUUAGAGUACGCUGAGCCGAAACGAACGUAGACGACGAUCGACCUUUUUACCUUCUUAGGUUCUUUCGACUUUACGAUGCCGUCGAGAACUCGGAGUCCCUCGCCUUUCAAACUUUCUGCCGCUAGCCGAAGCUCUUUCGAUCACGAUCCACCACGGUGGUCGGUUCAAGCGGGGUACAAUAACAACAAGACGUGACCUCCUGUUUGCCGUUUGGAACGAACAAAGAAUUGUUUUACUCUCAGACGCGGAAACAGAGACGAGGAAGACUUUAAACGCGAUAACUUUCGAAUCAUACCAUAUCAGUCGUUCCGAUUAAUUAAUCGUUCGGUCGGAAACCUUACAAUAUCGUUACGAAUGUCGAGUUAUGCGCAAAAAGAGAACGACGAGAAAACGCGCCGUUCCUUCUCGCAAAGAGAUCAAUUUUAAUCUUGUAUCAAACUGCCUACGCGAACAAUACAUGUACACACUCGGAAUACGGAUUGUGUAGAGGAGUCAUCAUAUGUGCGUGUAUAUGUCGGGAAAGAGACACGUUUUACGUUCCAUUUUGCUUUUCGCACGUGAGACCAUCAUAAACUUACGUUGCAUUGCGCGAGGAUCGAUACAACGAAUAAAGGAACGCCACUUUCUAGCGACACGCGAUCGACAUGUUACUUCAUCGCGGAGUUGCAAUCGAGUUACACGCGGACGGCCAAAGAAUUCGCCAUCUCAAUUCCUUAUAAUUGUCAAUCCGAUAACAAUUGUUCGUAGAGUCUUGCACUGAGAAAAAAUGUUUGGUAUUUGUAAAUAUGAUCAUAUGAUGAAAUAAUUAUUAUAAAUUACGAUCAAAACAAUCAUUCUUUAGUCAAUUAUAUUAUAAUUUUAGUGAUAAUUACUUUACAUGCGUUACUACUACUAUUAUUACUAUUAUUAUCUUUGUGUUGGAACAACCAAAAAAUAUAAUUUACGUCCAA